AUGGGUCUUAUCAGCAUUCCCGAGAGAAUUAAUCUGGAGGCUCGCACCGGCAUGGAGCGGACAACACUAGAACGACGCAACCGCAAUCUUGAAGCCGAGUUGGAAGAUAUUAGAAGAAGAAUUGAUUCUGAGCGCGCAGAGGCUGCAGCAGCUCGCCAAACGCUGGAUUCAGAGCUGAAGCACAUAAGAUUCGUAGAACAGGAGAGUAGUCGUGAACUUGGAGUAGUAAGAACCAAGCUGGAGCAGGCUCAAGAGGAACUCAAUUCUCUUCGAGGUGAAGAUAUAUAUAUAUAUAUAUUCAAUGUGAAAUUUUGGCUUAAAGCAGAGCUAUACUUAUUUGUGUCAAGAGAUAUUUUUAAUUUUGAUACAUUAAUAGGCAACUUUUUUCUUCCCUUGACACAAAUAGAUAUAGCUCUUCUUUAA